AUUUUUUAAAUUGUGAGAAGUAACUGAUUUAUUGAAUAUUAAAAAUUAAUAAAUCAAAAAAUUUUAUAUCUAUUUUUUUUUUUUUUUUUUUUUCAGUCUUAUAAUAUUAGUAGUGAUUCUUGAUUGGUGAUUUUCAUUAAAAUAUUGUCAAAUAAACUACCAUAUAUGUAUAUAUAGUAUCUUCAAAAGCUAUUUAUAUUAUGGUGUGUGAUGGAAGCUUAUUGAGUAAAGUAACCUAUUUCGUAUAUAAACAAACUUCAUUUGAAAUUUUAUUCAGCAUCGAAUAUAUAUAACGGAUGAAAUAUUUUAAAGUAUGAAUAUAAAUAUAACAUGAAUUCGAACGGUCUGAAAGCAUUAAAAAAAAGCAAUUCUUAUCCACAAAAAAUACGAUGUCAAAAAUGCUUAGAAAUAGGACAUUGGAGUUAUGAAUGUAAAGGAAAGAGGAAAUAUUUACAUAGAUCUUCACGUACAUCACAACUGAAGAAAGCUUUAAUGAAACAACAAGAACCUAAUAGUGAAGAACAGAAGAAAGAAGUAAAAAAAAGUCGUUUACAGAAAAAAAUGAAAGGAGAAUUUAGUAGUUCCAGUAAUACAAAUUCUAGUGCUGAAAGCAGCAGUAGUAGCAAUGAUAGUAGCACUAGUAGUUCAUCUUCAGAUAGUGAAUCAGACUCUAGUGAUAGUGUUUCUAGUAGUAGCAGUGGUAGUAGCAGCAGCAGCAGCAGUAGCAGUAGCAGUAGUAGUAGUAGUAGUAGCAGAAGUAGUAACCAUUGUAACAAUUUUCUAUUUUCACAAAGAUAUAAUGUUUAAACUAUUUUAGAUAAAAAAACAAAAAUCUUUCAAUAGAUCCAUUUUUUAAAUAUUUAUGAAAUAUUUGAAUAAUUCAUAUACAAUAAAUAAAUAUAUAUAUAAUAUAUAUAUAUAUAUUAUAUAUAUAUAAUAAUAAUAAUUUCAUUGUACAAAAUUAAGAUAUCUAAAAAGUACUUAUAUGUAACAUAAUUUUAAAUAAUAAUUUAUAUAACGCGUCUUGUAACAGAAUUUUGUUAUUUAUAUAUAUUGAUACAAUACUUCUUAAUUAUAUCAAUGUUUGUAACUAAACAAGGUCAUAAUUUUGUACCAAGAACAUUUUCAUAAAUUAGAAAGUAUUUACUUAUAAAAUCAAGAAUGUGAAAUAUAAGUGUUAUAAGAUUUAGUAAAACGAAUUAAUUUUUUAUUGAACUAAUAUAUCAAAAUGUAACUCAUUGUAAAAAUUAUGUUAAUAUGAUGAACAAUAUCAUGUUGUAAAUAAAAUUAUGAUUGCAUUCCUAA